GGACGUCGAGAUACCAGUAGCAUUCGGCCAAACUCAACUAUGUCAAUCUUACCUUGUCAAAGUUCUCUCAUGACACGAGAGACGUGCGUGCACUUCUUGCAAACAAGUCACGUUUUUGUUUCCAGGACUGAUCACUUUCAGCCAAUGCCUGUCUUAGUUCAUGAGAUCUUCUUUGUAAGGUGGAAAGCUGGUGGACGAAGAAGGCGAUGAACACCCAACAAAAGUGAUUAGUUCAUGGAAGCGAAUGCAUGUCUCCAUGCACAGCCCUAGUGUUGGCCGGCAAGUGAUUCUGGAUGCUCCACAUAAGCUUCUCCUAUCCAUUUGUCGGCCACAUGUCGGCCUUCGAUAAGACAAACGGUCCUACUUUCUCAUUGACAUCUCUUCUCCCUUCAUCGGGCAGCCACCGAAUGGAUUUGUUUCCCCGAACAAACACCUCUCCUCACCGACGGAAUGUGCAACACUGUCAAUCAACAGAAUGAUGAUAAGACCGUAAGGCAUCUGUUCUUCAUCUGAUCUCUUAGGUAUAUAUGUUGUCCUCUCUUUUGUCCAUCUGUCAUCCAUUACGAUGACUGGUUGAUGUUCGCAUGAUCUGCUUAGAGAAACCUUCACGCUCGUUCCGACUGUAUCUUUUAGAAAGAGAUCGCCGUGACUGUGGAAGCAGUAUUCAUUUAGAAGAUUGACAUCCUACAACCAUGCAGAUUCCUUAUCUCUACUCUUUUCAUUUUUGCUCAAGGAAUUCAGAUCUUGAUGGGAAGAUUUAUAUCAGAUGACAAUUGGACACUGCAAGUCCCUUCGCGAGAAGGUAGUAUAUAUUCGUAACUGGCAGUAAUUAAAGCUUGUCAAACUGAUGGAGCAAUCAAAGGAACUCAAAGUUGUCAAUGAUCAAUUCAUUACCUGAAAUGUCUGCCUCGAAGAUCUAAAAGACAGCCAUGGAAGUUGAAUCUGCACAUACACAUGAAAUGAUGUGGAAGGAGUCGGUAAUCCAUAUUUAUCUUGUCAACCAAGGAGUUUCCUUAAAUUAAUUCUAAUCCAUCAAAGUCAGCUUAUUAUUCUCAGAUUUCCUUCCGACAUCAUCUCAUACUAUUCUCUACAUGAUUUAUGUUGAUUUCUUUCUGAUUAUUUGUGUAUUUAUUUUUAUAGAUUUCUUUCAUAAGAUCAGAAUUACAACUGUUUAAGUGAAGUGAAUCAUCCAGAUAAAGAAAUAACAAGAUGUGAUCUAAAUAUAAUUAUGUGGAACCUUCAUCAUCCCCUAACUUGUUGGAACCAUAGACAGAAAGUCCAGUGUUAAUAGUAAGAAUGAGUAGAUAUUCUAUGUGAAUCCAAUCUCAUAUACUGUUGACUUCGUAUCAGUUGUAAACCCUUUGCACCGAUCACAUCUCAUGUGGUGAGUUUUAGACUGUCUUCCACUUGUUAUUCUUAAUCAUUUAAAGAUAUGCAUCCACGAAAAGGUGCAAAUGGAAAGUCUUGUGAGAGAAGGUGCGACGAGGAGAGAGAAGGGGGAAUGUAAGAGAUUAAUAGCUGUGUGGGUUUCUUUGAAAGGCAUUAUCUCUCUCCCUCUCUCUCUCUCUCUAUUCCCUUGCCAUCUUUUUCGGUAACUCCAUUUAAACUAUGAGAUCAGUCCGUCCUUCCAAACUAGGGAGAUAGCAUUCAAUCUCUUGCCAUGCAUGCCUUCUCACUUUCUCUUUAUAUUCAUCAGGAGAAGAAGGAAUUCUCCAAGUAGUCCAAUCGUUCAUCUUGUAGAUCUCUCAUGGACGUCGGCCCUUCGGAGAACUCGGGGGUCAUGGAAGAGGAAGAGGAGGAGGAGGAGGAGGAACAGAGGAGGAGAGAAGAGAAGAGGGAGGAGGAAGGAGACAGUACGCAGCAGCUGAUACGGAAAGACGAGUCGAAGACCAACUUCUUAUUGGAUUUGGGUCUGUCGGCCAACGAUGGAUCGUCGUCUUCAUCGCCCCUGCUCGAGCUCAACCUCAUCGGUUCGCUCGGCUGGUCGAAUUCCGAGCCGCCGCCACCGGAGGAGGCGGCGUCGCCGGAGUCGGAGCCACGGGUGUUCUCCUGCAACUACUGCAAGAGGAAGUUCUAUAGUUCGCAGGCGCUCGGCGGGCAUCAGAACGCGCACAAGCGCGAGCGCAACCUCGCUAAGCGCGGCGGCCUGGGGCUCGGUGAUCAUGCCGCUGUCGGUUACAGGCUUUCGGAAAGCAUGGGGAACCUGCCCCUGCACGGGUCAUACGCCGGCGGGCCGCUCGGCAUGCAGGUGCACUCCAUGAUCCAUAAGCCAUACAUUGGAACAGCCGCUGGUUUGAUGUACGGGCGGCAUGGGUGGCUGCGGUCUCCGAUAGCCAACUCUCAGCCAGCCAUAGGACGGUUGUUGACGGAAGAGUUCUACGGCGGAGGAAGAGCACAGCCGGCGGCCAAGUUCGAGGAGGCGAUAGCAGCAGCAGCAGCGGUGGGUGGGAAGCACUGGGUUGGCGGCGGCGGCGGUGGUGGUAACCACUUGAAUCCUAGACAGGAGGAGUUGCCUAAGCUUGACUUGUCCCUUAAACUCUAGAGCAGCAGUUGACUUGACUGUAUAGCUUUCUAAUGCUUUGAUUCUAAUUUCUCUCUCAAAAACAAUUUGCACACUGUGCUACUUCAUGUUCAGUAAACUCUUUCUACUUUCUUCUGACUUUUGAUCUUUGUAUAGAAUAUAAUUGGUUGCUUUUAAAUUGAUUUUUU